GCGCGGUCAUGUGAUUAUGUGACGCUUCCUAGUGUGUUUCGUUACUGUUCUACGCAGAGCAGGUCAUUACUGUCUCAUUUUACACAAUUUAAUACAUUUUCGCUGUUAUCUCCGUUCCUGGCUGUGUUCAUGGAAUGGCGGACAGCGAACGAUCUCCGUUGCUGGCAGAUAUUCGAGAUGAAUCGAACGGGUUAUCUGCGGGAGAUGGCCAGUAUGGAAUUCUGACUAAACCUCAAAGUCUGCCCCCCUUUCCCAGUGGUCCCCAGGAGGCUCCGCCGCCCUACUCCCCUCUGGGCUCUCCAGACAGUGGUAGUGCCCCCGUCAUCAGUUGCAGAGUGUGCCAGAGCCUGAUCAGCGUAGAGGGAAAGAUCCAUCAGCAUGUGGUCAAGUGUGGCGUCUGCAACGAGGCUACACCAAUAAAGAAUGCUCCCGCUGGGAAGAAGUACGUGCGCUGCCCCUGUAACUGUCUCCUCAUCUGCAAGGUGACGUCUCAGCGGAUCGCCUGCCCGCGGCCAUACUGUAAGAGGAUCAUUAACCUGGGGCCAGUGCAUCCAGGGUCAGUGGCCGCAGAGCCUCAGCCUACUGGAGCUCGCGUCUGCUGCGGACACUGUGCCAAUACAUUCCUGUGGACUGAGUUUACAGACAGGACACUAGCCAGAUGCCCGCACUGCAAAAAAGUCUCUUCUAUUGGUCAGCGUUACCCGAGAAGACAGAGCUUAUGGUGCUUCCUGUUGUGUCUGAUCUUCGCUAUAGCAACAGCAGGCUUAAUAGCGGGUACCUGGUACCAGACCCAAGCCAACAAGCGGAUCUACGCUGCCUGGGCCGUGCUGAUCCUGCUUCUGUUGUUGAGCCUGGCCAGGGCCAUCUACUGGACCUGCAUGAAGAUCAGCGAGCCGCUGCAGAGCUACGCCUGAACCACAGAACAAAUCAACAAUCGAGGGGAGGGAGGGGGAUGGGGAAGAGGGAGGAGAGUUGAUGGAGGGAAAAGAAAGAUGAAGAGGUAGUAUAACCUGAUAUGUGGUGCUGUUUUGGGAGAUUAGUAGAAGCGGGUGAAGGCAAUAAGCUGUCUUUUUGGAAAAUUUCAGAUAUGUAAGUCCAGUUAAAAAGUCAUGCCAUACUGAUCAACCAUGAUAUCCUGUGCUGUGUAGUCUGUCUGUGUCCCCUCUCUCAGCCUCCUCACCAGUCUGUAGUGAGUUUGAGUCAGUGUCUACCUGUUCCUCCAGGCAUGUGUUGAAAUAUUGAAAUACUAAACUCCUUUUUUCUGCUCCUCUUUCCCUUCCUAACGGCAUUAACACUGACUAUGACAUCCACUUUCUCUUAAGGGGGUGGAUUUGUUUUUAUUUUAAUGUACAAAUGUUUACCGCUCAUAAUUGUGGACCUAAUCCCGGACCACCCUUACUCAGCUCUGUUAGGAUUCUAACUGUGUGAUAAAGCGGCAUUAGCAUGCUAACUACUACAGUAAACUGGCAACUAGCAUGCGAAAGCCUUGAUACGCAGGUGGUGUCUUCAUGUCAACACACCUUUAGUGCCCUCCGUGUAGAGACCACUGUGUAAGGGUGGUUCUACAUGACAUGAGUAUGGAGUCAGUUUAAGUAUCAGUUUUCCUCAUUCAUUCAGCAGUGAGGGGCAUUUAUGGUAAUAUCCUGAUCAUUUAGAACUUUGAUUUAUUGGAAUUGAACCAUACAAAUAUGAUCUAUGAACUCGUUCAAUCAGACAUUUAACCAAGUGCAAACUGGAAAAAAGUGCUAACUGGUGUUAUUAUUUAUCUUUGGCUAAAUGGCAGCCCACACACUACUUUUAUAUACUGUUUUGCACACCGACACACACACACACAUACACACACACACACACACACACAGGCUCUUACACACACAUAUGCACACCAAAAAUGAAUAUAAAAUCUUGUUGGUAUGAGGAUGUAAUUUUAGGGAAGCAGCUGUCUGUGUUUACUAGCUUUUUCCUCAAACUAACUUAGGGUCUAAUUUUUUUUUUAAAUCUCUGAAAUUGUUAUUUUAUUCCCUAGUGUUUAAUACUGGUAAAUGUAAAUGUUGAUGACAACUAAUUCAUUCCCUUUGUGUCAAUAUGUUUAUUUUUGCAUUUUUUGUACAUUUAUCUGUGAUAAAUAUUUUAACAAUGGAA